CCCACAAACAAAAAAUAGUAAAAUACUCCUAAAAUAUUGCCACUCUGUUGUUUAGCUUUCUUGUUUUUUUCUCUUUCGAUCAUCAUCAACAAGCACUAAUUCUUCUUAGACGGCCAUAAACAAUUUUCCCAACUCUUUCUUUCACUAAUUUUUGGAAAACAUGAAUGAUCUUCUAGCGGAUUCAAGUUUUAUUGCUGGAAAAGAUAAUGCUUCCAAAGAAUCUGAUAUCGAGAUGGGAAACCGAUUUACAAGGAGCCAGUCAGAUUCUGGAAUUGACAGCUUUAACAAGCAGAUACAAGAAAUCGAGAAACAGGUUGAUAAACUUUCUGGUUUCCUGAAGACCCUUAAGGAUGCUAAUGAGGAAACAAAGUCUGUAACUAAAGCAUCAGCAAUGAAAGCUAUAAGGAAGCGGAUGGAGAAAGAUAUAGAUGAAGUUGGGAAGAUUGCAAGAAAUGUCAAAGCAAAAAUAGAAGCAACUAAUAAAGAGAACUUGGCUAAUCGACAAAAGCCUGGAUGUGGAAAGGGCACAAGUGUUGACAGAUCCAGGACAAAUAUGACCAAUGCCUUGACAAAGAAGUUCAGAGAUGUUAUGACGGAAUUUCAGACAUUAAGACAGAGGAUAGACAACGAAUAUCGCGAGGUUGUAGAGCGAAGGGUGAUCACAGUAACUGGAACUAGACCAGAUGAGGAGACAAUCAACAACUUGAUCGAAACUGGAAACAGUGAACAAAUCUUCCAGAACGCUAUCCAAGGAAUGGGACGUGGACAGGUCUUAAGCACCGUAGAGGAAAUUCAGGAAAGACACGAUGCAGUGAAGGAAAUUGAGAGAAAACUUCUUGACCUGCAUCAGAUUUAUCUAGAUAUGGCUGUUCUGGUUGAAGCUCAAGGAGACUUGUUAGAUAAUAUCGAAACACAGGUGACAAAUACAAUUGAUUAUGUCCAAUCAGGGGCUAUUGCUCUUCAGACCGCAAAGAAACUACAGAAGAAGUCUCGAAAAUGCAUGUUUAUUGGCAUUAUAAUUUUCUUAAUUAUAGUAGGCAUAAUAGUUCUCCCCUUCAUUCUCAAAUCUCAACCUUGGAAGAGUAACAAGGGAGCUUAACUGUUUUGUUUUCGAGCUAUGCAACGCAUGUGUUUGCCUUUGGUUUACUGGGGGAUAGAAAAGCAUAGAUUCACACGAGUCGUGUUAGCCUGUGUAUAGCUUCCUUGUCGAUUAUAUUCCUUUUCGUCUAGGCCACACUUCGUUAACUAGCUUUUGGUGUUAACGAUCUGCUAAUUGUUCAUGAUUAUGUGAAUUAGUAUA